CGGUGCCCUAUGUGUGUGCGAUGAAGGUAAAAGAUGAAGUCAACUUUGCAGUCGUCCGGUUUGAUGCCACUGUUUGUUCAUAUGUCUAUAAUCUUAGCUGGGAGUGUCAUGGUGGCUUCAACAGUUGUAUCAAGCCAGACUGAUCAGCAAUGUCACAAAAAGGUGGAUAGUCCACCACAAGCCGAUCCCAAAGCACCCUGUGACUCAACAUCUGCUCCCAUCCAUCGACAGGAAACGAGGAGUUCCGACCCUCCAAGAUCAAUGCCUUCUCUGACAGAUGAACCUCUACAGUUGGUUAGACCAGAUCCUUCUCACAAGAAGAUACAACUUGUGGAAGAGAGUGUCAAGACAUUGCUGAGGUUGACCAACCCAGUAGCAGUGGUUGCGGUAGUUGGAAAGUAUCACUCGGGAAAAUCUUUUCUUCUGAAUCAACUCAUGGGCAAAGAGGGCAGCUACGGAUUCACCGUCGGGCCGAGCUUACGGCCCCAGACUAUGGGAAUCUGGAUGUGGGGUAGGCCAACAACAAUGAUGCUAGCAUCGGGUCAAGAGGUCUCAGUUAUUUUUCUUGAUACAGAAGGCUUUGCAGCCAACAAUGUGUCGGAAAUUUACGACGCUAAGGUCUUCGCAGUGGCUUCCCUUCUGAGCUCCUUUCUCAUCUAUAACUCGGUCAAAGUGAUCGAUCAAGCUGACUUGGACUACCUUGAGCUGCUCUCAAGAAGAACACAGCUGUUUGCUCUGAAAUCGCAACUUUCCAGAGCUAAAUGGGCACAAGAUUUCAAUCAUGACCUGCUGAGCUUUCCGCCACUGUUAUGGGUAGUUCAGGAUUUUGUUCAGAUCACCGGAAACGACGAGCCGACGCCAUCAGAAUGGCUCCAUGAGAUGAUGAAAUCAUCGGCCUGGGAGAACGAGAAUCACCGUAUCAGCUUGAUGGAUAUCUUCCCAGAGGUGGAGUGCCACACCCUCUUCUUCCCAGCCACAAAGAAAGAAAUCUUACAGGAUUUAUCGCUGGCACGUGAAGAGGACCUCACAGCAGAAUACAAAGUAGAGAGAAAUCGUCUUAUACACACCCUCCGGCAAGGAAUUAUCCCUAAAGAAAAAAAUGGACGACCAAUCACAGGUGCCGAGUUGGUCGCGCUUAUUGAUGUUUUAGUAACAGCAGCCAAUGAGGGGUCUCUGUCCCAGAUUCCAAGUCGCUGGUCGGCCUUCAUCCAAAGUAUGGAGCAGUCUGCCGUUGGAGAUUGUCUAAGAUUUUAUGAGACGGAGAUGAUGGUCUUGCACCAGCAGUAUGACAUGGGCCCUGUGGAUGAACAAGAAUUUGAGAACUGGCACAACACUUCUAUCAGCAAAAGUGACAAACUCCUCCAGCAGGUGUUGUUUGGAUUGGGGGACGUUGUUGACAAGGCAUCUCAAGACUUGAAGAGCCAGAUUCAGGAGAAACAUCUUCGAGCCGUUGAGAUGAACGAGAAGAAAAUCAAGCUCCGAUGCAGCGAGAUCCAACACAGAGUUGAGCUUGAAGGAGAGAGUCGUCUGGGUGAGCUAUCGUUGCCGAUAAGAACAUCUGAGCUACGAGACAACUACAAACGAGUCAAGUCUGCCUGCAUUGACAGCUAUUCACAAACACUCAACAGACUGAGGAGAAGUCUACCUUUUGUGAAGUUCCUGGACCAGUUGAAGACAUCUCUGGACAAUAUUUGUGACUCCUUCUUGCUAAGAAACUCCCAGCUUCUUGACACGGUCCUGGAACAAGCAAUUCAAAAAGCUCUUGAGGAGUUCACAAGCGUAAUGCAUAACAACCAUCAAGAGGCCCGGACCCCUAAGACUAUGACACGGUUAACCCUUGAUGCAAAUGAGAGGGCAGUUGGCGUGUUCACCAAAGAAGCAAGGGUUGCUGCAGAGGAGCCGCCGUACAAAGCCCAGAUGGCUUUAAUGAAGGCAGGUUUAGCUGAAGCUGAGCAGGACUUGAGGAAGAAAAACAACCAGCUGUUGAAAGUGAAAUGUCAAAAAGAGGUGAAUGGGCUAGCGCAAACUAUGAGGGAUAACACUGACGGCACUCACCUACCCCUACCAGUAAAUGAUACAGAUCUUGAUCACAGACUUGCCCAGGAAGCUACAAGAGCGAAGUCAUUGUUCAAAGAACUACUUGAGGACUAUUCAUCCAUGCCAUCUUAUGAGGACUGUCUGAAAGAUCUUCAUCGGCUGAUUCAUUCAGUUUCUGGUCAGAGAAGGCAAGAGAAUAUGGAAGCAUACUCCAGAGAGGUUGAGAUACCUCUUCAGUCAGCCAAGAAAAUCGCCCUCCUGUCAGCGGACAAGUACAACACAGAGUUUAGCCUUACAAAUUUUAUUCGUGAAGUUUGCAUGUUGAACCUCGACGAGGGGAAACCAAAACAUUGGCCGAUUGACCUCAAAGCCAACAUCGUUGACCUUUUCAUGAACUCUGACCCUGAUAUACGUCGGGUCAUCAAAGAUCGGCAGGGUCUCUGGUCGACACUCCUAGGUUUCUUACAAUGGAUUUGCUGGUUGUUUAGCUGAAACUAAAACUUUCCGAAAGCUACCUAUGAAAACUUACACCGGGAUGCAGUGACGUUGCCUGAAAUCUUAGAAACACCCAUGUUGAAAAAAUUGUUGCUCGACAAGAAAGCCUGAGUUUAUGUUACAGGAAAAGUGUUACAUUGAAAUAAAUAAUGUCAACAACAUUGAAAUAAACCUGCUUUAAGAAGUGCUGAUAGUUUUGCUAUAAUCCUUUCAUGAACCAUUAGUUUCAGGGAUAGAUCGAUCAUAUAUGGACAAAUUGUUUAUUCAGGGUUUUUUUUUUACAGUUAAUAUAACUUUAAUUUGAUUGGCUUAAAAUGUGGACUAAUGGUCAAUCAAUAUCUCAGCUUGCAAAACUAACAUGGAUAUUAUCCCCUUGCACCUUUGCCCCCCCCCCUCCACAUUACACUCAGUUACUUGUUGAUGCAUGUGCCUGCCAUUUUGGUAGUCAAAUUUUUGCUGUAAAGUAUUUGAAACCUGUUUAUGCAGCAUCGCGGGUGAAUUGGCUGAUCAGUGUAGGCCUACAUUUUGUUAUGCAAAUGGCACCACUUUAUUUUUCUACUUAUUUUAUGCUAAAUUUCUGUAAUUUUAUUUUUUGCAGUUGUUAACAUACCCGGUGUCCCUGGGAAUUCCGUCCGCUGGAGAUUUGUUCCCCCAUAUGGGAAAUAAACAUGGGCCGUAGGAGGAUGAUUAACAAGCAGGGUGCUCUCAGAGGUAGUUUGUACACAGUUUGCAAUAUGGGGGGGACACAGAAUCUCCGGGGGACAGAAUCUUCUGCCACAGCGGUACAUGAUUAAUGUUUUGUAAUAUUAAGCCUUAUUUUGUUAUAAAAAAAAGAGCAAUAGUUUUGCGAUAUAGAGAA